AUGCAAUCUGCUAUUAGACAAUCUUUAUUGGAAAAAUUAAACAAAUUUUCGAGUGAAAAUUCACAAAAAAUGGUAUUGUUUAGGCUAAAUAACACAUCUCAAGAUGAUUUACAAAUAGCUGAUAAGAAAUAUCAGAGUGGAUUGAUAUCUGAUAAUCAAUAUCAGAUAUCACAAAUUCAGCCAAAUUAUCAAACAGCUUCAAUAGUAACUGAAAUAAGCAAUCCAAAUUUAAUAAAUUCACAAAAACAUGCAAAAAAUUUGGAAAAUUGGAAGAAAAUACGCGAAAGACGAUUGCGCCUCUACAAGGCAUUUCGAAGCAUUCAAAAUUUUCAUCAUCAAAGGCAAAAGCAUAAGGAGGACAAUAGCGCUACAAAUGCAAAUCAAAUUGUUGUUGACAACAAUAGGACAAUUUUAUUGUUAAAUGAUCAACGAAAGAAACAACGAGAAAGUUUAAUCGAUCCAAUUAAUGUCACAUUUAAUGACUGGGAAACAUUUAUCACUGAUUAUGAUAAAGUGAUGCCACAAUAUAAUCGAAGACAUGCAAUAUCAAACGAAUAUGGAGCAACCAAUCUAAACAGUAUGAGUAAUCCGUUCAUACCGGUAAAUGAAUCAAGCAACAAUAAUGCAUUUGAAUAUACUCCUCAAAUUAGGCAAAUGCAAUCAUCCGGAAUUGCACCAAAUUCAUAUGACUAUCAGCAAUUUGCAAGAAGUUUGAAUUCUGCACAACAAAUGCUUUCAAAUGGAGCUGAAGCAACUGAACACCUUCCACCACCACCAAAUCCAAAAAGUACAGAAGCAUCGGUACAUACGGUGCAAGUGUAUCCACCAUCACAACAACCGGAUUACUAUCAGGAAAACCGUAUGUAUCAAAAUAACAGAAUUGAUCAAAAGUUUGGUGAUAGAUACGGAGGAAGAGCAAACUUUGAACAACCCUUAACUCAAUUAAUGUCCAAUGAUUAUAACAUUGAUACAGCAUCAUACAUACCCGAAGUAAAUCCUAAUUGCAUCAAUGAUCCAUGUGAAAUUGAUAAUGGAAAUCCGUUUGGUUUCAUUGAGGAUGAACGAUGCAAUAGUCCACGUUUAAAAGAAAUUAUUUUACAGAAUAUUGUGGAACGUGACGCAGAAGCAUCAAAGCAAGCUAUUUAUAAUGUUUGUGAAACAGAAAUGGAAAUACCAUGUAAUGUUAUUUGUGGUACUGGUUUUUAUAGUUAUCUUGCUCGAGCUACCAAUUUUUGUCUUGUUUCUAUGAUGGAUAUUAGCUGCUAUGCAUUCUUACCUGCUUGUAAUUUUAAUUUAAAUUUAAAUCAAAAACAAUGGAUUAGAAGACAUCGUACAAAAGUUUAA